GGAUCUCUUUCUAUCUCUCUUGGCCGCCUUAUCCUACGCCCAAUCCGCUCGCGUCGCCUAGUCCUUGCGGCACUAGGGCUCGUCGCCUUAGCGCGUGCGUGCAGUGGCGCCCGGCGUGCGGUGCACGCCAUUUCCUCCUGCGUCGACCUUAUGCGCGUGGUCGUCCUUCUCUACGCACUCCUCUAGGACUGCGGCCUCGCUCCUUGCGCGUGCGCCUUCAUCCAGAGUGUUGCGCACAGCAUCGCUGCCAGCCGCUUUCUCUCGCGCGUUGCGCCCCGCUAGUCCGCACUCCUCGAGGAUUGGGGUCGCGCGCCUUAUGUGCCUCAAGGACUGAAGCUUCGUCUACUGCGCGUGAAUCUCGUUUGCCCGACCUUUCCUCGCGUGUGCCCGUCUCCCCCGUGCUACACACGUUCUGCCCACGCACGCCGUCCGCAUACAUCACUCGCAUAUCCUCGUGCGGUCUUUCUUCGCUUGUCCCGCGCGCACUACACUCUAGUGCGUGCACUUUCGCCCGGAGAGAAGAAAGAAAAGCCAUGGCAAACAAGGAGAUAAAGGAUAAGAUCGAUAAUCUUGACAUCCAGAUGCGAAGUAUGAGCGAGGUUAUGGAGGGAAGGCUGAGAUCGCUUGACGAAAGUCAAAACAACACCAACGCUGUUGUCACACGACUCGAACAGCGAUUAGAGGAGGUCCUUCAUGCGUUCCAGCAGCAACCACCACAUCAUCGCGAUGAUCCUCCAAGGAACGAACCGCGCCCACACGCCGAGCACGACGAUCGUACGCCAUCGCCACGGCGCGAGGAUCGACGCGAGCAUCGACGCGCGCGCGAACACGACGAGGACCGGCGACGCGGAGGCUACGAACACGAAGAUGAGUUCGACCGGCGAUCACAAGCAUCCACCAACCGUGAGUGGCCUAAGCCCGACAAGCCGAGGUUCGUAAUGUCCAUCUUCACGGGUAGUGAUCCGGAGUCGUGGCUCAACCGAAUUGUGCAAUAUUUCGAACUGAAUGAAACCGAUGGCCACGAUCGAGUAAGGUACGCAGCCUUCUACUUAGAUGGUGAGGCCAACGUAUGGUGGCAGUGGCUUUCCCGGAUCUACCGUAGGCGGCAGCAGGUCAUUACAUGGGCUGAUUUUGAGAGAGAAUUGCUUACUCGAUUUGGCACGUCCGAUUACCAUAAUUAUAAUGAGGCGCUCGCGCGAAUCCGACAGACAGGCAAUUUGCGUGAAUACAUCAAGGAGUUUGAACGACUGGCCUGUCGCGUGCGUGAUUGGUCUGAAGAUGCGCUAGUAGGAGCCUUCGUAGCUGGACUGAGAUUCGAUCUAGCCGCAGAAGUCCGAUUGGAGCGGCCGGACACGAUGCAUAACGCCAUGGAGGUGGCCCGCCGACGAGAAGACCACCUAGUCGCUACGCGAAGGGGACGGGCGGAUGUGCGAUACACCGACACGCGGCGCACAGGGCCAAACCCAGCCACGGUCGGCGCACAGCCU